AACCAGCUCCGGGGCAGAGUGGGAGGGGCCGGCCCCUCAACGCCCUGGGUUGGGGGGCCCUGCACAGGCAGCCCCGCCUCUGAGGAGUGGGGCUUCCUGGGCUUUUCCUGAGGCCCCUUGGCUUCUGUGUGCUGGGAGGCUCCCCCAUUGGUUGGUGCUCCCUUGGCCAGGGUUACUUCCUGGUCUCUGCCCGCAGCACCCAUCCUCCCUCAGCUCCGUCGGCCGGAGCGCCAGGUGGAGCUCCAGGUGGCUCCUCCCUUCCCCAGGGAAGGAGGCGGGGCACAGGCAGGCGGCGCUGGACCGCGGCGUGGGGCUGGAGAGAGAAGCCAGCUGCUGUGGGCGGUCUAAGGCCAGCCCCUCCCCACCUGUCCCUUUUCCGGGUUUAUUAAGUCCAGGGGCUUGUCCCUGUGGCAUCUGGGCCUGGCGGGCAGCAUCGAGAGGAAAGUGGCUGAGUUCUGAGUGUUCUUCCUCACCUUGGGCCACUGCACGGCUGCGGCUCGGGCUCAGCCCCGCCCCCUGUGGCCAUCUGCCUGUGACUCGCUACCCCUCUCGGGAAAUGCUGUCCCAUGGGUAAGUUCCCUGCUCUGCUUGCAUAUCAUGGUCCUCUGUUCAUUUGGGAGGGAGGGGCAGUAUUCCUGCUCACUCCUGACAGGUGUGUGACCACGAGUGCGACCUGCCUCUGCCCCCUGCCCUGGGUCUGCUUCCCCGAAAGAUGUCAGGAACUCCGGGCUCAUUCGUAGCCCUCUGCACCACCAGCCCCCUUCUCUAGCACUUUCUCCCUGACAGAUGAAUAUUUCUUCUCACCAUUGCACUUCUCCCUUCACCCUCUGGUCCCCUGCUUCUGCCAUCUGCUUAGGAUCUGUCCCCCUGGGGAGCCCACGUCACCUGAAUGAAACAUUACACGUCUGAAAGGCAAAUCUGAGAAGGCUCCCCUGUUCCCACUAAACUUCCCAGUAUCCUUCAUUCAGAUUUCCUUCAGUUUCCCUGCACUCCUCUGCCUCAAUUCAUUCAACAGAUACCUGUUGAGCAUCUGUUAUAUGCCAGGUGCUUUUUAAGGUGCUGCCAAUACUGUAGCAAACAAGAGAGACAUGGUCCCUGCUCUCACAGAGCUUCACUCACUCCAGUGGAAGGUGACAGACUGCCCAAGGAACCCACUAAGUAGGAUAAUUGCAGGUUCUCAGAAGUGUUACCCAGAAAAUGAAACAGCUUCACGUGCUAGUAAGUGACUGCGGUGCCAGUGGCGUCACUGGCUGGAGGGGGCAGGGAGGGCUUUCCUGAGGAGGUGACACAGGAGGGGGAGCCAGGCUCCAGUGCCCCUGGGCGGAGGGAACGGCCAGUGCAAAGGCCCUGCUGUGAGAACAAACUAAAGGACAGUGCCUGCAGCAGAGCAGGCCAGUGGGGAGGGCUGGGACAGACCAGGCCUUGCUGGAGUUUGGAUGCUCCAGUGAGGACCUCCUUGGCGUGUUGGUGAGUUGAUGGGUUGGUCACCCCCGAGUCCUGCAGGUUCUUGCUUCUCACACUGACAUCUGCCCUGGGGUGGGCCCUGCCUCCCCCAGUGCACACCUUGUCUCCUUCAGCCCUGAUGUCAAGGUUUUGAUUGAGUUGCCUGGUCCCUGAUCCCUUCCGCACUCCCGCCUCGGUCGUUUUCCUACCACGUGGUUGGCAAGGCCUCUCCUGGGACAGAGUCCUUCCUUGGGUCCCCAGCCUGCCCCUGUGAGACCCUCUGCCGUGGGUCCCAGCCUCUGAGAGCAGCUCAGCUCAGCCACAGUGCCCUGCUCACACCCAGUGCUGCCACAGUGCGUCCUGUGCCUGCCACCUGGGUGCCUUUGCAGAUCCUGCCUCUGCAGGAGCGCCGGCCCCUGUGGCCUCCUCGUGGGCUGUGCCAGUGCCCUGCCUCCUCCAGCAGUGGCUGGUGUGGUGGGAAGGGCCGUGGCCUCACAUCAGACAGCCUUGGUUGGUUUGUUGCCUUCCCCUUACUAGCUUGUGACCUUGGGCAAGUUACUUCUCUGAGGCUUAGUUUUUGUUUCUAAAAUUGGGCUAAUGAGACCUACUAAUAAUGUUGGCCUGUGGAUUAAUAAUGCCACAUAGAAGGUGUUCGUGCCAAAAACUUACUUCAUGUUGGUCUUUUGUAUCCGUAUUUGGGAAAUAUUGUUAAGCUCAUUUAUCAGGUAGGGAUACUGAGGCUCAGGGAACUUCAAGAACUUUCUAGAUAUUAUUUCACCUUCUUUGCUCUUCCAGACUGCCUGUCUUUCUGCAUCCCCCUUGAUCUUCAUCUCUACCUUUAUUUCCUUGCUUUCCAAGUGAAUAAUUUUCUCUUCGGAAUUAGUAGACCCUCUCUUUUGUAACUCUCAACUUCCUCGAGCCUGUUUUCCUCCCUUAAAAAAAAAUUCAGAAAAAUAACUCCUACAUCACAGGGAUGUCUGAGGCCCAAAUGGGAUUGUGUGUGUGUGUGUGCAAGUGCUCUGUGAACUCCAGAGCACUUAUGUCAAGGGAAGGGAGGUGCUUCUUAUUUAUUUUCGUGCCAGAGGACAGCAGAGACAGUACAUCUCAUCCUGGUGUCUGCCUGUCUUCUGGCUUGACCCCCUUCAGAGAAAUGCCUGCUGCUUCCGUGGUCAGGAGUUUCUGGGUUCUUAGAUAGUUUCUCUCCACCAAGUGGUGUAAAAGCUUCAGAAGGAGAGUGGCCUGUGGCCAGGGUGCAGGGAGUGUUCAGUGUCGAGCAUGGACCUGCAGCUUCGUGUGUGGUCAGGAUGUGGUGUCCACGUGUGGGUGUUUGCACCCAACCAGGUACGUGCGUAGAUGGACGUGGAUAUGGUGAGGUGUACGUAGUGGGGCUGUGUGUGCAUAAGUGGAUGCUUGUGUGCUGUGUGUGUGCGCGUGUGUGUAUACUCGUCUGUAUGUGACGAGUAGGGUGUGCGUGUGUAGGACCGGACCUGGGCUUGGGACCAAGUAUGUGCCUGGGUCCGGAUGAGCUUGGUGAUUGGACACAUACUCUGUGCGAGGCAUGGUGCUAAGUUUUGACCCCUUGGAGGUGAGGCAGACUGGCAGCGGACCCCCUGUGGUGGAGAAGGCGAUGUCUACCUCCUUCUUGCCCCCUGCUGUGGGGGGUGAGUUCAUGGUCUUUCAGGGCGGCUGUCCAAGACUGGAGGUAGUCAGUGUUAGACCAUGCAAUAAACAGACCAAGCAAGGCUCCCAGGGCCCCAGAAAGAGGUGGAAAAAAGAAGCCCUUCUUGGGGUGGGGGGGAAAUUGAUGUUCAAAAAAUGAUAAAGUAGCCAACAUAAGAAAAUAGACUUUGGUUGGGCUGGAGCACUUUGUUAUUUAUUUUCCUUACUUUUUGAGGCACAGCAUACGUCACGUGCAUGAAUAUUGAACAUCACAUUUAUUCCGUCCGUGUAUAAACCACCCAGAUCGCGAUGUAGAGCAUGCCCAGUACCGCAGAAGUGUCCCAGGAGUUGCCAUCUCCCAGUCAGUUUACUUAUUUUUAUAAAGGUAAUACGUGCCCAUGAUAUAACCUUCAAAAAGGUGGAAGGGAGAAGGAAAGGUCCCUCCCAGCCCUCUCCUCCAGCCACCUGGUCCCCCUCCCUAGGGAAGCCACCAACAGGAGUUUCUUGCAUCUGUUUCGUUGGGCUUCUUUCCUCUUGCUUUGGUUUGUAUUUGGAAUUACAGGGAGCAUGGCAAGCUUUUAGUGUUUAGGGCCUCUCCAGGUCAACCGGCCCUGAGAAUAAGCCCUGGAAGGCCCUGCGCCCCCAGCCCCAGUCCCAGGAGACAGGCCUCUGGUCAGAGUCCUGAACUCCAGUGGAUUCAGACCAGACCCCCUUGGCAAGAACCUACAGCUCAGGCAUAGGGUGGACGCACCCAUGGGGGCUGGUGGCUCCGCCCACACCUGCUUCCCUAGGUCUGCUCCUUACCUGACUGCAGGGUUGGGGCCAGAUGGAUGGGCCAAAGCCUGAGGACAAGAAGCAGAGAAGGUGCAAGUUGGACAGGGCAUAGGGGUCAUUCUGUCUAUCCCUCUGCCCCAGGGCACCUCUUCAGCUAUGUGUGUCAAGGGAGGGGAGGGCAUCCCUCUGUAGGCAUCUUCCUGGCCUUGGCAAUUACGGAGUCUCCCCCUCCCACUGCGACCCUAAUGGAAGAGUCUCCCAACCUCUGUUCUUUAUUUUUUAGCUUUUUAUUUUUAUUUUACUUUUUAAAAUAUUUAUUUAUUUAUUUUUUGGCUGCGUCAGGAUUUAGUUGGGGCAUGCGGGCUCUUCGCUUAAGUUGCGGUGCGUGUGCGGGCUUCUCUCUAGUUGUGGCACGCGUGGCAUGUGGGAUCUUAGUUCCCCAAUCAGGGAUCGAACUGGCAUCCCCUGCAUUGCAAGAUGGAGUCAUUUUUUUAAAAAUUUAUUUUUAAUUAUUUUAUUUUAUUUAUUUGUUUUUGGCUGCAUUGGGUCUUCGUUGCUGCACGUGGGCUUUCUCUAGUUGCGGCGAAUGGGGCUACUCUUUGUUGCGGUGUGCGGGCUUCUCACUGCGGUGUCUUCUCUUGUUGCAGAGCAUGGGCUCUAGGCACGUGGGCUCAGCAGUUGUGGCUCGCAGGCUCUAGAAAGCAGGCUCAGUAGUUGUGGCGCACGGGCUUAGUUGCUCUGCAGCAUGCGGGAUCUUCCCAGACCAGGGCUCGGACCCGUGUCCCCUGCAUUGGCAGGCGGAUUCUUAACCACUGCGCCACCAGGGAAGCCCCAGCUCUUUAUUUUUUUAUUGGAGUACAGUUCCAACCUCUGUUCUUUGAAGCCCUGAGUCCUGGCAUACAGUAGCUAAAAUCACUGGCUUUGGAACCAGGCCGUCUGGUUUGCAUCCUGGCACCGCCACUUACUGACUGUGUGACCCUGGGCGAGCUCCCUACACGCCCUGAGCCCCAGGUUCCUUGUCUGGAAAAUGGGGAUAACGAAGGUACAUGCUUCAUGGGGCUAUGGUGAUGACACAUCAGAUAAGGCAUGUAAAUAUCAUACAGGACAGUGCCUGGCAUACAGACUCCAUUAGUGACAGUUGCCACCGUCACCAUCAUCGGUGGCAUGGACCAGGGAAGGCUGCGUGGAAGUGGCUGGCGGAGCAGGAGUAGACGGCGCGUGACUGGGCGGCUUCCCACGUGCCGAGCAUGAUCUGUGCCCGGAGUGCGCCAGGCGCACGUGUGUCCUUACUCGGGUGUCCCCCCAUGUGUGGAGGGCCUCACUCCCAAGGCCUUUGAUGACAGGCGUGUGGGAAGUGGGCCCCCCCGCGCCCACUGCCACCCCGCGCAGCUUCUCCCCACUCUGCUCUAAAACGAGAAGUACAGUGAGUUCCCCCAAGGGGUCGGCCGCGCCCCUUCCUGUCCCCGCCCUGCCGGCUGCCCCAGGCCAGUGGAGUGGCAGCCCCAGAACCAGGACGGCAGUGGUGAGGUGACCUGGGCGCUGAGAGCCUCGGGAGGCUUAGCCCCAGCGUUCUCCACCUGCCCGGACUCAGCAGCUCCACCCUGUUGCCUGCACCCCCUUCCCCCCGGGCACCCCCAGGAUGGUGAGGUGGUUUCACCGAGACCUCAGUGGGCUGGAUGCCGAGACCCUGCUCAAGGGCCGAGGGGUCAACGGGAGCUUCCUGGCUCGGCCCAGUCGCAAGAACCAGGGCGACUUCUCCCUCUCCGUCAGGGUGGGGGAUCAGGUGACCCACAUUCGGAUCCAGAACUCGGGGGAUUUCUACGACCUGUAUGGAGGGGAGAAGUUCGCGACGCUGGCAGAGCUGGUGGAGUACUACACGCAGCAGCAGGGCGUCCUGCAGGACCGCGAUGGUACCGUCAUCCACCUCAAGUACCCGCUGAACUGCUCAGACCCCACCAGUGAGAGGUGGUACCAUGGCCACAUGUCUGGAGGGCAGGCAGAGACACUGCUGCAGGCCAAGGGUGAGCCCUGGACUUUUCUCGUGCGUGAAAGUCUCAGCCAGCCUGGAGAUUUUGUGCUGUCCGUGCUCAGCGACCAGCCCAAGGCUGGGCCGGACUCCCCUCUCAGAGUCACCCACAUCAAGGUCAUGUGUGAGGGUGGACGCUACACAGUGGGCGGUUCGGAGACCUUCGACAGCCUCACGGACCUGGUGGAGCAUUUCAAGAGGACGGGGAUCGAGGAGGCCUCGGGCGCCUUCGUCUACCUGCGGCAGCCAUACUACGCCACGAGGGUGAAUGCAGCUGACAUUGAGAACCGGGUCUUGGAACUGAACAAGAAGCAGGAGUCGGAGAACACAGCCAAGGCUGGCUUCUGGGAGGAGUUUGAGAGUCUGCAGAAGCAGGAGGUGAAGAACUUGCACCAGCGGCUGGAAGGGCAGCGGCCAGAAAACAAGAGCAAGAACCGUUACAAGAACAUCCUUCCGUUCGACCACAGCCGAGUUGUCCUGCAGGGACGCGACAGUAACAUCCCUGGGUCCGACUACAUUAACGCCAACUACGUCAAGAACCAGCUGCUAGGCCCUGAUGAGAAUGCUAAGACCUACAUCGCCAGCCAGGGCUGCCUGGAGGCCACAGUCAACGACUUCUGGCAGAUGGUGUGGCAGGAGAACACCCGUGUCGUCGUCAUGACCACCCGGGAGGUGGAGAAGGGCCGGAACAAAUGUGUCCCAUACUGGCCAGAGGUGGGCACUCAGCACGUUUAUGGACUCUACGCUGUAACCAACUGCAGGGAACACGACGCAGCUGAGUACAAACUCCGCACCUUACAGGUCUCCCCGCUGGACAAUGGGGACCUGGUUCGGGAGAUCUGGCACUACCAGUACCUGAGCUGGCCUGACCACGGGGUCCCCAGCGAGCCUGGGGGUGUCCUCAGCUUCCUGGACCAGAUCAACCAGCGGCAGGAAAGUCUGCCUCACGCAGGGCCCAUCAUCGUGCACUGCAGCGCCGGCAUUGGCCGCACCGGCACCAUCAUUGUCAUCGACAUGCUUAUGGAGAGCAUCUCCACCAAGGGCCUGGACUGUGACAUCGACAUCCAGAAGACGAUCCAGAUGGUACGGGCCCAGCGCUCGGGCAUGGUGCAGACGGAGGCGCAGUACAAGUUCAUCUACGUGGCCAUCGCCCAGUUCAUCGAAACCACCAAGAAGAAGCUGGAGGUCAUGCAGUCCCAGAAGGGCUGGGAGUCGGAGUACGGGAACAUUACCUACCCCCCAGCCAUGAAGAAUGCCCAUGCCAAGGCCGCCCGCACCUCCUCCAAACACAAGGAGGACGUGUAUGAGAACGUGCACAGUAAGAACAAGAAGGACGAGAAGGUGAAGAAGCAGCGGUCGGCGGACAAGGAGAAGAGCAAGGGUUCCCUGAAGAGGAAGUGAGCUGGGCCCGUCCUGGGGCGGCCAUGGUCCAACCCCGUCUUAUCCCUUCCUUCCCUGUCUCUGCAGCCUCAGCCCCGUCCCUGCAGAGGCCUCCAGUGGAAGACCCAGAGCCUGAACCUCGGAGCCUGGCCCCCAUUCCAUUGUAAUUUAAAUGGCCAUGUCCCCGCCUCCCUCUCCCAGCCCCUGUAUAUAGCCCAGCAAGACCCCUGGCAGGGCCGGGCCCUUCUCUUGUAAAUAAAGC